CUAAAAAUAGUUACUAGGUUCCAUCCCAAAUCUUUCAUUUUCAUCUGAAAGACAUAAAGAAAAUCCACAAAUUCAUGACUGAAAACAAUAUGUUAAUGGGACCAUUACCAACCAACUAAGGUGGCUUCAUUACUUUCGGUCAGCCGACUUUUUCCUUAGUCGGCAUUUUCCAUUCAUUUGAUCUUUUGACCCCAUUUUCAUUUUUUUGAUUUUCAUGGCUUAAUUUGAUCACUACGUGCAGAUCUGUCUUCAUUAAUUAUAACCCUUGAUCAUAUUUUAAUUGCAUUCUCUCUCUUAAAAUCUCAAGACUCAAAAAGUGGCAGCUUUUUUGUUCAUCCUCCAUUGCACUGAAACUGUUUGAUGAUUUGCUUCUGAGACAGAGAAAGAGGGUAUAAAAACAGAGGAUAUAUGGUUUCUGGGUUUUUGUUUUCUUCACUGAAUUUAACAUGUGCUUCAGCUUUCCUCUGGUGUUACUGAAUCCAAGUUGGGUCAGUUAGCAUGCUUCAGCUAUUUUUGUUUAUGUCCUGUGUUCUGCAUAUGAUUUUGUAAUCUGCUGGGAUGGACAGAUUAUUUCGGCUGUCAUCCGAAUCACAAAAACACCAUAGGUCAUUUAGGACGGUAUUGGCAUCAGCUCUACUUGAAUGGGUGCUUAUUGUUUUGCUUCUUGUUUAUGGGCUAUUUGGUUACUUGAUCACAAAAUUUGCUCGUUAUUGCGAACUGCCUCUCCCUUGUUUGCUAUGUUCAAGGAUUGAUCACAUUCUUGGAAGUGAAAAGGUUGGAUUUUAUCGGGAUAUGAUAUGUGGAAAACACAAGUUGGAGAUCUCAUCUAUGGUCUACUGUCAUUUUCAUGAGAAGCUUGUUGAUGUUCGUGGGAUGUGUGAAAGUUGUCUCUUCUCUUUUGCUACAAAAGAUAAAUCCAAUGCUGAAACAUACAGGUUAUUAGUUGGUAAGUUGGGAGGAGAAGAUCUUAGUGGUGUUGAUGAUGACUCAGUAAUUAAUGAUCAGAAGACUGAGGGCUUGAACAUGAAGCAUUGUUGCUGUUGCAAUGAGCUGUGGACCUCAAGACAUCAUGCCCAAACAUUGCUUCAGACUAAGUCGCUUGGGUUUGAUGACACCGACCCUGACUUGCCUAUGAGCAGGGAAAUUUGCCAAGAUCUUAUCAAUUUGAAAAAGGAAACUAAGUCACUGCAACCAUCUGUUGAGAGUGGAAGAAAAACUGAGGUUUCUUUGGAUCAAUUUGGAUACACAGAGCUGAAAGUCACCUCUGAUGCUGAAUCAGAUAUUCAGAUGUCUGAUGCUGAAGACUCAAGACCAUUGAUGUCUCAUGAUCCUUUAAGAGACAUCAUAUUAGAUUCUACACCAAUUAAAACCUUUGUUUCUGUAUCCGAAGAUGAUCUUGUCUCUGACAUGCCAGUUGAUCUAAAAAUUAUAUCACCUGAACCCUCAGAAACAUUACAUCUGGCGCAAUCCAACAUCAUUGAUCUCCAUGACGACCCAUCAGUAGCGCCUGCUUCUGCUAUUGGUCACGGAUUGGAAGAACUUAAUUGGCAAGAGAUUCAUAGUAAUCUUGAUACAUCUGCAUCAACAGAUCCAAAACCUUUGAAUGAUGUGUUGAAGUCACAAAAUGAUGGAAAUGUCUUUAUCAGCACUCCAGUAGAUGGAUCAAAUAUUGAAGAUGGAAUUGUGGAGGAAAAAAUGGAUGUCAAUGACUCAAAUGACUUGGAAAUUGAAGAAUCUGGCAACGCGCAAGCAUUGGGACAUGAAACUGACAAAAUUAAGGAGUUUGAGAGCUUGCAAAGUAAUACAUGUCUUAAUAGCUCAAAGGCGAGGUCUGAACAUAAGGAUGGUGGCUUGCAAAAGCCUAGUCAUUUGGAUCUUGGUGAUGCAUAUCAGCUAGCUAUCAGCAGCAAGGGUAGGCAGUUGUCUGGUAAGCUGGCCGAGCAGCUGUCUGGAAAGGACUCACCAAGAGUCAGUGCAGAUUUAAAAAUUUUGCUCUCACAAUUGUCUCGAGGAUCAGAAUUUCUUUACAAUGAUAUAUUGAGCCCUGGGGUUUCUAGGAAUCUUGAUGAGCUCAAGGCUUAUGAUUCAUCUACUUCUGUUGGGAUGAAACUUUUGCAAAAGAGGCGCUCACUUGAAAGAAAUGAUUCUAAGACUUCCCUUGAUAGAAAUGAAUCUGGAGUAGACUCGUUGGACUUUAGUAUUGUUAGUGAAAUUGAAGGAGAAAGUGAACUUGAUCGGUUAAGACGGCAACUUGAGCAUGAUAGAAAGUUAUUGAUUGCUUUGCUGAAAGAGUUGGAGGAAGAAAGGAAUGCUUCUUCUAUCGCUGCAAAUGAAACAAUGGCAAUGAUCCAGAGACUACAGGAGGAAAAAGCUGCCUUGCAAAUGGAAGCCUCACAUGACCUAAGGAUGAUGGAAGAGCAGGCUGAAUAUGACAUGGAAGCUCUUGAUAAGUAUAACGACCUUGUAACAGAGAAAGAGAAAGAGAUUCAAGAUUUAGAAGCAGAGCUUGAAUAUUACCGAACCAAAUAUCCAGAUGAGUCACUUUUGGAGAAUGUUGGGGAGUCGACUUCAAAUGCAUGCACUACUGACAGUGAGAAAAGUAGAGGUGCUCCUAACAAUUUUAAUGCCUUGGAUGAAAACACUAAGAUUGGUUCACAAGAUCAAUUGUUAGUGAUUGAAGAUGAAAGGAAAUAUAUUUCUGAGUGUCUAAUUAAUCUGGAGAAAAAGCUCAGUGCUUUCUGCUGCAAUAAAGCAUACUCAGACUUGACGAAUGGUCAUCAAUCAGAAGAGCAAGGGCAGGAUUUAUGUGAACCGAAGCUGUUUGAAAGGAGUCAAGUGAAGAUAGAAACUGAUGAGAAUGGCAUAAUAUCAGAAAAAGUUGGCUUCAUUCCCACAGGAAGCCAUCAGACUUUGAUAAGACGUGCUCAUUCUUUUAAGAAGUCCAAGUCUGCUGGAGCUGAACAAGGAGCAGUUAUGCUUAAGGAAGCUGAUAUUGUAGCACUUGCUAAUGAGGUAUCCAGUCUUAGUGAGAGAUUACAAGCACUCGAAGCUGACAAGUCUUUUAUUGAGCAUUCUAUCAACACGCUUAAAAAUGGAGAGGAAGGCCUAAUACAGGAGAUCGUAUCUCACCUCCGAGAAUUACGGAAGAUUGGAAUCAGAAGGAAUGUUAAAUUUCACCCACUAGAAAGGUAAUCAUGGCAGAGGUUCUAAUAUGCUCAUCUGACCAGUGACCACUAUAAACAUUGCAGCGGAAGCGUAAGCCAGUGUCUUUCAUAUUUCAAAAAUCAAAAGAAUUGAAUCACUUGUUCACUUCUGGGGCGUAUAUAUCUCAGCUUGAAGAGUUCCAUCUUGCAACUAAUUUAUUUGUGCAUAGUUUUUGUUUUUCCAUUAUAUUAAUUUCUUCUUAUCGGUCUUUUUGUUGUUAUGAUGAUAGUAUUGAAUGUAUGAUAACUAUGAAUCAUACUCUUGUUACUAGAUUUUAGAAGUAAAAGAGGAGAUAGAGAGCUGUUGUAUACUUGCAUUGUUUAAUUUAUGGGUGUAAAGUAAGCAGAAUACAUAAAGGUUGCCUGCUUGCCAACCUUGUAUAUCAACACUAUUACGAAUACACAGAGAGUUUAGUUUUGCACAAAUCUGUUAAUGUUGUAUUCAUGAUGUUAAACUUCUACUGCUCCACGAACAGCGGGCAGGGGAACAGAGGAAGUUUCUGUUGCUCUGAAUGUGAAAUAUCAGUCUCAUUUUGGGACUACGGCUUUGUUGUU